AGCAAGUUGGAGACAUCAAAGCGUACAAUGCUUCCAGCACUGCAACCCACUUGCAAGAUAAUGCUUCAUUUAUUUUGACUGCUAGUUCACGUCCCAACUACAGUACAAGAAUGUUGGUUGAACGGUUGCUACACUGCCAUUUUUCUCUAUUUCCCUCUCUGCUUGUUUUUUAAAAUCGUUGUACAGCUACCUCAAAUUCCAGUAGUUAUUGUCGACUCCAUAGGAAUGAGCAAAGUGUGGCGCAUUGGGAUGUACGCAUUUGCGGAGCACUGCUGUCAAUGUCCCGACAUUGGAGUUGAACGUUCCGACGAAGUAGGAUGCUUCGAGCAACAAGGACAAUUCGGCCAAGAAUUGGAGGGUCGCUUCUCGAUCCGAAUUCGCAUAUGCCUUGACAGCACCCGUAGUUUGAGGUGGUGUAAGGGUGUGUAGGGUACAGCGUACUUUACGUUUUUGGAGUGCCUCUUGAAUUUCUUGGACGGCACGAUAAUCUCCUGUUGCCACAAAGCACGUUCGAAUGGAAGAUUUGGUGAUAUUGCUGUGUUGAUUGUUUUCCAGGUUCAUGAGGAAUCGAUCCACGUAUGCCAUUCCCGAGAAAGCUUUGGAUUCCUUCGUAUCGGUCUUAUCCCCGCGUCGGACAUGAAAGGCGACAGAAGGGGUAGCUGUGAGAUCGGGUAUAUUGGCUUGCUGUUUGAUCCGUUGUAUUUCUGCGUAGGCUUGAUCAUUAAACUGUAAAUUGGCACAUGCUUCGGAUACCAUGCGAUGGUAGAGUUUGUUUCCUCCAUUUCCGUACGAUUUGCGAAAAUGCAGUCGAAAUUCGGAUCUUGUGGUAUGGAAAAUCAUCAUGGGGUCAUUGUUUUUUCGUUGAACGGCUUUCCCACUGGUGUAGGCAUUGGAAUAUCCCAGUUUCUUGUUGAAGGUGAUACCUUCCUUGUAGUUGGGAACGUUCCACACCUUCUCAAUGGUAGAAUAAUCUUGUGCAGUAAUGACGGGGAAAGAGGGUCUAAAAAACCCAUUCAAGACUCCCGUGGCUUCAUCCCAUCGAUACCCAUACAAAGAGUCAUCAGCCAUAAAGACUCGAUCAUUAUCUUGAGCAUAGAUCUUCUGGGAAAUCAUGUAGAUGAACUGACUUCCUAAUCCAGAGCCUUGCAGAUAAGAGAUGAAAAAUUUGCCAUUUUCUUCUUCUCUUGCCAUUUGGGCCAAAUCUGUUUGAAAAUAAACGGUGCUGGGUCUCUUGGAUAAGGAUAAGGAAGAUAAUUGAUUGUCAUUGCUUUCAAUGCUGGGGGUGGUAUAAUUGCUGGAAGAAAGGGAAUCCGUUGCAUUUGUGCUGUUGCUGCUGUAGGAUUCUGUAGUGACAAUGACACCAUUGCAGCUGAAAUCUCCCAAGAAAGAACGAGCAUCCAACCCUGACUGUUCCAGAAUCUGAAGUAUCACCGUCAGUGCCAAUAUGGCAAGACCCAACGUCUUGAACAAACCUCCUCCUGAUGCUGUUGCGAAGCCGGCGCUUGUCAUCUUCCUCGUUUGUGUUGUGGCGACGUGUGGUUGUGGUGGCGUAUCAGUUUCUCAACUUGAACCUCGAGCGGUACCUGGUCUGUGCCUGGUAGAUCAGAAACUGCGUCAAGCUUCGCCACCUGAGCGGUUCUCAGCUUAAAAGCCAGCAAUAGCUGUAAAGACUACCGUGCCAACAAAAACAACCUCUUCGCGAUGCACUGUUCAACAGUACCGGUACCCGUACCAAUCUGCAACGCUGCGUCAGAUGAAAGCCAAGGCGGACAGAGACCCCAUGGCUAUCCUACGUAUAGUUUAUUUUAAAAAAAGCUGCGCAGUGCUUGCCUCCUUGGAGAAGAGCAAAGCCCGUUGCUUGGCACCGGCAUUCCACGGGAUGAGGACGUUCGGCUGAGUGUAAUUAGAUACCAAACAGGAUGCUACCGAAUUGUAAUACUUUGGAAGCAGAUGUAAAAUUGAAUUCAAUCCUCCAGUGUCCCUCUCUAGCUUGCUUGUCUAUGCGUCUCCAUGCUCCGGCUCUAACCACCCCCGACAAGCUCGGAAGUGAACUAUGCCGUACGUACCGUACCAGUGGGCACAAGCCGAGUAUCACACAUAACUACUGGUUGAUAGCCCCCAUCAAAAGCUUCCAAGAAAGGGGAGACAAGUCUCUGAAUGAACGUUGGCGGGAGCUUGUACCAGUAGUACGCUUGGCCAUUUUCUGGCAUGGCUAGCUAGCUAGCUAGCUGCUGAAGUGAUUUGUUGGAAACACAUACUGGAGACUUAACAGAACGGUAUUCCUACUAAUGCUUCUUUACGAAAGUUUUGAAUGUAAAAACCUUGAGCCUCAGCUCGAGCACGAAAAGCGAAAGCACCAAUGCUGCCAUCAAUCGACACACAAAACCCAUCGUCGGUGUAGGCCAACAGAAUAGAAAGCAUUGGACCAAUCGUUGAUCCUUAUCGUAUCAUUCAGUCAUCAUGUCUAACAAUGCCGAUCAUCCGGAGUUUACUUUCCACGAAAUGCUGGAUCCGUUUGCCUGCCCUGUCAAUUUUGCCAUCAUGGAUGAUCCUGUCUUUGUGGAUGCAGAGUGCGGCCACACUGUCAACCGUGAUGCGUGCGAAGAAUGGCUGGGUCUACACAUGACUUGUCCUGCCUGUGGUAGCGCUCUCCGUUCCAGGAAUGUUUUCCCGAAUUCUCCCUUCCGUGACGAACUACUCAAUGUAAAAAACAAGGUCAGCAUCAUCAUGGUGAAGGACGUAGUGUCCAGCGUCGGAAAAAUUCCACAGCUCAAUGAGGCAAUCACUUCCAUCCAAUCAGCCAUCGAGGAAAAUCCACCCUUUCUCUCCCACAUUGUCCAAAAUGGAGGAAUACAAGCCAUGGUAACCGCAAUGACGAACCACGGCCAAGAGGUGGAUAUCCAGGAACAAGCGUGUGCCAUACUGAAUAAUAUCUCGGAAAAUCCAAAACAUCAUUUAGCCAUUUGCAAGGCUGGAGGCAAUGGGGCCAUUGCCAUGGCGAUGGAAAAACAUCCAUCCAUACAAACUGUCCACGAAAUUGGACUAGAAACACUUUUGACACUGAUUAGCACGGCCAACCCGCGUCGUGUUCCCUCUAUUGCCGACGCCAAAGGUGUCGAAGCUAUUGUGACUUCCAUGGAAAAUCAUCCAUCUUUACGGGAUCUCCAGCGAAAUGGUUGCGCGGCAUUGCACAUUCUGGCCCGCAAAUUUCGGGACAAGCAACAGUCCAUUGCUGAUGCUGGAGCUAUCAAGAGUAUUGUUUUGGCAAUGCGGAACAAUCCAGCUUGUGCUUAUCUCCAGCAAUAUGCUUGCUUGGCAUUGCAUUUUCUAGCUUACGGCAAUCCAGGAAACCAAGAGUCUAUUGCCAGUGCUGGUGGUUGUCAGUGCAUUGUUGUGGCAAUGCAAACCCAUUCCACCAUGGCUCCUGUCCAAGAAGCUGCAUGUGUGGCAAUUGGGGACCUGGCUGCUUGGACCUCAGCUAUCCAAGUCAAGAUUGCCAGUGUGGGUGGCAUUGAAGCUAUUAUCACUGCCAUGGGGAACCAUCUAGAUGCAACUGGCAUCCAGGAAAGGGCAUGUGUAGCAUUGAAUAGCUUGACCAACAAUCCAGACAACAUAGUCACCAUUGCUAGUGCUAGUGCAAUUGGAGCUGUUAUCACUGCCAUGCAGCAUCACAGAGAUGUGGCUCCCAUCCAGACUAACGCAUGUGGGAUAUUGGGGAACUUGGCUGGCAAGAAUCCAGAAAUCGCAGUUGCCAUUUCCAGUGCUGGUGCAAUUGAAGCUAUUAUCACUGCCAUGCAGAACCACAGAGAGGUGGCUCGCAUCCAAAAUUUCACAUGUUGGGUAUUGGGGACCUUGGCCUUCAACCUUCCAGACAACAUUGUGGCCAUUGCCAUUGCCAGUGCUGGUGGCAUCAAGGCAACUUUGACUGCAAUGCAAAACCAUAAUGAUGUGGCUCCGGUCCAGGAAAGUGCUUGUGUGGCAUUGGGGCGCUUUGCUGAAUCGAAUCCAGAAAUCAAAGAGUCAAUUAUUUGUGCCGGUGGCAUUGAAGGUAUUGUCUUGGCCAUGCAGCAACAUCAUGCCAAUGCUCAUGUCCAGGCAUCUGCUUGCUGUGCAUUGAAGCACCUGGCUGGCAGCAAGCUAAAGAUUCAGUUGCCAGUUGUGUGGGCCAUAGUUGCUGCCAUGCAGAACUAUGAAGAUGUGCCUACCAUCCAGCAACACGCAUGUGGAGCAUUGUGGACCUUGGCUUGUAAUCCAGAAAACAUACUUUCCAUUGCCAGUGAAGGUGGAAUUGAAGCUAUUAUCACGGCCAUGCAGAACCACAAAGGUGAGCCUGUCAUCCAGCAACAUGCAUGUGCAGCAUUGGGGAACAUGGCUUUCAGCAAUCCAGUCAACAGAGUUGCCAUUACCAGUGCUGGAGGCAUCAAGGCAAUUCGGACUGCCUUGAAUAACCAUUCGGGUGUGACCCCCUUGAAGCAUGCGGCAAAUUGGGCGAUGGCCAAUCUCGGCGGACGCAUGACAAACCCGGACCAGCUUUCCUCAAACGAAUCAGGCAGCAUGUUGUUUCCUUGCUAGCUUUUCUUUGGUUUCAAUGCUAUUGUAGCACAGCGGGGUCGCUGGCUACGGUAGUAGUAGUUUCACUUUGGGAGAUUGAUACAUUUGUACGUAGUACAUUUUGAAAACAAACUGCCUAGCUAGUAUGCACGGUAGCACUGUCGUACCUAGCUG